UAUUAAACUACGUUUAAUACUUCAAAUGUGUGUCCAUAUAUCCGAUGUGACACCCCAAAGCAAAAAUUUUUGGGAACUAAACUGGGCCUUAGUAUUUGCAGCUGUCAACUUAUUCAUGAAAACUAUGCUCCUACUAUGCAUAGAAAUGUAAAGCUAAAAAUAGCAUCUGGUUAGGAAGGGGAAAAUGAAAGAGCCAAAUGAUGGCAUGCAAUGGUUCAUGUCCAAUUUGCUACUUAUAGCAUAAAAAAUAGGCAAACACCAAACAGCUGGACCGUCCUUCCCAAGUUUGAAAGUUCUGUUUCAUUCUUUCAUAAACCAAGUCUGAUGUUGUGAAACUAAAAUUUAUGUAGUACCCCUGUCUGAUCCAUUCUUUUAGCCCACAGUUGGCUUGUGAAAUCCUACAUGCACUUAUUCGUAAACCCCAUGCAUGGGGCAUGUCUUUGUGAGUACAAAAUUUAUUUUUAUUUUUUUCGCCGGGCCGGCAAAGAUAACCGGCCAAGUUUUGCAUUAAGAAGGAGAGAGUUUUACAGCAGCCCCUAAACCAGAAAAGGCUUAGGUUACAGAAAAAACUUCACAACAAUAAAGACAACAAACAAGCACAGCUGCUAAAACCUCAGCAAAUUAACCGCCAGCGAUUGCGCUCAGUAGCCCGGCAGCCUUCCAUGUUUCCCAUUCGUCGACAAUUGUGGCACAAAGGUGAACCGCUGAAGUAGCUCGUCCAUCAAACACACGCGCAUUCCUUUCCUUCCAGACUAUCCAUGUUACCAAGAUAACCCCAGCAUCAAAGGUCCCCCGAUCCGUCUUGUGAACUGAUUUGCGUGCUUCACACCACCAAUCCAACAUGUCUUCCGUGGGGGAAACACAGGAGAGUCCCAGGCGACUCCUGAUUCUCGUCCAAACUGCCCUCGUGUACUCGCAAGCGUGGAAGAUAUGGGCACAUGAUUCAGCAUCCUUCCCGCAAAGGUGACAGUAUGGAGCCAAGUGCCAUCCUCGCCGCUGGAGGUUGUCCGCCAUCAGGCAUGCUCCACGCAUGGCAAGGAACAUGAAGAACUUGCAAUGGGCCGGCGCGCGAGACUUCCAAAUCAGCUUCCCAACCGCCAAGCGUGUCUUCCCAGCGCAGAGGAGUGAAUAGGCUGAUUUUACUGAGAAACCACCAUCUGCGGCAGGCUUCCAAGAAAACAAAUCAGGCUGAGUCGGGUUCAAGGAAACGGUGGCAACAAGGUCCCAGAUUUGGAGGUAUUCAAACAUCGCUUGCAGCGAGAGACCUCCCCUGAUGUCGCCGGUCCAGGCAUCAUCCUGCAGCGCCAAAUGAACCGUUCUGCCUCUGUUUUUAACAAAGGAACACAGGAUUGGGGCUCAGUUCAGGAUCGACCCCCCAUCUGGGAGCCAGUCAUCUGUCCAGAAGAAGGAACUCUUCCCGUCGCCCAGCACUAUCCUGCAUCCGGCCGCUAGACAAUGUUCGGCUUUCCUAUCUUGCGGCGACGUGAAGGACACCCAGUGGCGCUCCAGCUGGGCACGCCGCAGCCAAAGCCACCGCGUCCGAAGGGCAAUGCCCAUUCUGCCAAGAUUGAUGAUGCCCAACCCGCCAUUUUCGAUCGGCAGACAGAGCUUAUCCCAAGCAACUAGGCUGCAUCCACCCGUUAUUUCAGAUGACGGGAACUGUGAAAGCCCCAUUUGAGGGAGUGGUUAAUGAUUUCAAAGGAAGAUUAUCUUGCUACAAACAAGAUUGGAUAGAUGGGUUCCGUACUGGAUUCAGGAUAUUGGCACCUACAUUGUAUAUCUUCUUUGCAUCUGCACUACCUGUUGUUGCCUUUGGGGAACAAUUGAGUAAUGAUACAGAUGGUGCACUGACCACAGUUGAGACAUUAGCAUCAACCGCUAUAUGCGGCAUCAUACAUUCAAUAUUGGGCGGGCAACCACUGUUGAUUGUAGGAGUUGCGGAGCCAACUAUAAUCAUGUACACUUAUAUCUACAAUUUUGCCAAAAAUCACCCAAACCUCGGAGAAAGACUAUUUCUGCCAUGGGCUGGAUGGGUUUGCAUCUGGACUGCCUUCAUGCUAUUCCUCAUGGCAAUGUUUAAUGCUGCAGUCGUUAUAAACAGAUUUACAAGGUUUGCUGGAGAACUAUUUGGAAUGUUGAUUACGAUUUUGUUCAUGCAGGAAGCAGUCAAGGGGAUGUUGGGUGAAUUCAGUGUGCCCGAGGGUAAAGACCACAGUCUACCGAUAUACCAAUUCCAAUGGGCUUAUGUUAAUGGUCUGCUUGGAAUUAUCUUUUCAAUGGGCCUGCUAUACACAGCAAUACGUAGCAGGAGUGCAAGAUCAUCGCUAUACGGCACUGGGUGGCAAAGAAGCUUCAUUGCUGACUAUGGCGUUCCACUCAUGGUUGUAGUCUGGACAGCUUUGUCGUAUUCAUUGCCAAGCAAGAUCCCUUCAGGGGUUCCUAGGAGGCUCUUCACCCCACUUCCUUGGGAACCAAAGUCAUUGCAGCAUUGGACAGUAGCAAAGGAUUUGUUUUCUGUCCCUCCACCAUACAUAUUUUUGGCUAUUGUGCCUGCUGUAAUGGUUGCCGGGCUCUAUUUCUUUGAUCAUAGUGUAGCUUCACAACUGGCUCAGCAGAAGGAGUUUAAUUUGAAAAACCCAUCGGCUUACCAUUAUGACAUUUUGGUCCUCAGCUUUAUGGUCUUGAUUUGUGGUCUUAUUGGCAUCCCUCCAUCUAAUGGAGUACUUCCCCAGUCCCCCAUGCACACUAGAAGCCUUGCCGUCCUCAAGGGGCAGUUGCUUCGCAAAAAGAUGGUCCAAACUGCCAAGGAGGGUAUGAUGAACAAUGCUAGCAGUUCAGAAGUUUAUGGAAAGAUGCAAGAAGUUUUUAUCAAAAUGGAUGAUAAAUCCAAUGCCAAAUCUGUACGCAAAGAGCUGAAGGAAUUGAAGGAUGCAGUUAUUCCAGAGGGAAAUGGAGCAGGGAGGGUGUCUGAGGUAUUUGAUCCUGAAAAGCAUAUAGAAGCUUACUUGCCUGUCCGGGUGAAUGAGCAGAGAGUGAGCAAUCUGUUGCAGUCCCUGUUGAUCGCUGGUUGUGUUGGAGUCAUGCCAAUCAUUCAGAAGAUACCAACAUCAGUCCUUUGGGGUUACUUUGCUUAUAUGUCCAUUGACAGCGUUCCGGGAAACCAGUUCUGGGAGAGGACACAACUUCUGUUCAUUUCACCUCAACGGCGCUACAAGCUUCUGGAAGGCGCUCAUGCAUCCUUCAUGGAGUCAGUACCUAUCAAGAAAAUAUCUGCCUUCACUAUUUUCCAGCUGGUUUAUCUCUUGAUCGUCUGGGGGAUGACAUGGAUACCAGUAGCUGGAAUCCUCUUCCCACUGCUGUUCUUCUUUCUCAUUGUCAUUAGACAGUAUAUCCUCCCGAAAUUCUUCGAUCCACGCCACCUGUGGGAAUUGGAUGCAGCUGAGUACGAAGAACUUGAGGGAGUGCGGCGUGAUCCGUCUACGGACGAAGAUGCUUCCGUUUCGCGCUGCAGCGAUGCCAGCCCUGAAUAUGCUUCUGAGAUAUUGGAUGAAUUCACGACUAAUCGUGGUGAACUGAAGCACAGGACCAAGAGUUUCCGUGACGAGAGGCUGAUACAGCUUAAUUCGGUGAAGAUGACCAGAGAACUUUCUCGGAUUCCGACUUUUACUCCUCCACGAUCCUAAAUUUCAGAAGGAUAUGGCCAAGGAAGAACUUUCUUUCGUUCUUUCUAACACCAAGCACCAAAGGAAGAUGCUUCGGUGCAAAGUGAGAGGUAUUGCUAUCUCACGGUUCAUUAAGUCAUUUUUUUAUUACAGUGAGAGUAAUUGCAUUCGAGGUAGUAAAAACUGGUACCAAUAGAUGGCGAAGCAGGGAGGAACUGUGGCAGUUUUGGACAUCUAAAGUAGUUCCCAUUGCUGCUUGCGAAAAGCAAAUUAAACCUGUAUUAUAUGUAACCAGAACGGUAGGGGGGAUACAAUUAAAAGGUAGGAUUAAGGGUGUGUUUUUGUUGUGUAAUGAGCAAUGUUAUUGGUACCAACGGAUUACAACACGAUCGAUGUUAAAAGUAAACAGCAUGGUGAUGUCAGAGCGCCGGUGCUGCGUGUAGCCUGUAGCGAAGAGCAAAGGUAUAUAGGAGUAUUCAGUUAUUCACUAGUCAAAGAAUAAAGAGCAGAAAUUUUUUUUAUGGGUCAUGUAUGAUGGACCGUCGUGGUUUAUUGAUAUUCAUUCAUGAUGUCAA